AAAAAUGAAGAAGAGCAAAAGCAUGAAAACAACACACACAAAUAUAUAAGGCUUGAGAAUUAGUUGUUGAAUGAGGAUAAGAACCAUAUUUGUCGGAAACUAUUACAAUAAGAUAAUCAUUAAUCAUUCAAUCAAAUCAAACUUUGUUCCUUAAAUUCCAACACUUUUAGAAUUUGAUCAUCUCUAAUUCAUACCCUUUCAGGUGGCAAUAACAUGGGAGACAGAAAGUCAAGAUAUGUGAAGUUGACCAAAGAUAAAGAACAAUCUCCAUUUCAGGAUAUUACUCCUGGAGAGCUUAACCAACCUAUUGAUGUUCCACAAUUAAAUGCUCGUAGAUGUAUGGAAUGUGGACAAGUUUUACCUGAAACCUACCAACCCCCAGCUGAUGAAGAUUGGACAACCGGAAUUUGUGGUUGCAUCGAUGAUAUUGAUAGCUGUUGGACAGGACUGUUCUGUCCAUGUGUUCUAUUUGGAAGAAACAUUGAAGCAUUGAGAGAUGACAUUCCAUGGACAAAUGGAUGUGUAUGUCAUGCAAUGUGUGUAGAAGGUGGAAUAGCACUUGCAGUGGCAACAGCAUUUUUCAAUGGAAUUGAUCCUGAAACAUCAUUUCUCAUUGCUGAAGGUCUUUUCUUCACUUGGUGGAUGUGUGGUAUUUAUACUGGUCUCUUUCGUCAAGCUCUUCAAAAGAAAUAUCAUCUUAAGGACUCACCAUGUGAUCCUUGUAUGGUGCAUUGCUGCAUGCAUUGGUGUGCUAUAUGCCAAGAGCAUCGAGAAAUGAAGAACCAUUUAUCUGAGAACAUGACACAUGAAACCAUUGUCAAUCCCCCACCACUUCAAGAGAUUAAUUCUGAUUUGAACAAGGAGUCCACAUUGUCACCAAAGUCUUCUUCUACAAAGGAUGAACAUAACAAUUUGGAAAUGCAACCUAUUUAGGAUAUUUCACUUAUAAUCCAAGAUCAAAUAAUAUCCAUCUUCCUCCAUUUUUAUCGAGUAAAACAGUUGUGUUUACCGUGAUUUUUAGUUGAUUGAGAAAUCUACCACAAAUAAAUAUUUAAUCAGUAAAUUUUUGUAUUAGUUAAUUAGUAAUUGGUGCAACAGUCCACAAAUGAAUAUUUAAUCAGUAAGUUUUUGUAUUAGUUAAUUUGCAAUUAGUGCAAUGCUACACACA